CCACGUCCCUGGCCACGUCGCGCCCGCUCUCGCCAUCUUCGCCGCUUCCUCUCAGGGGCCGCUGCUGCCGCCUGAGCCGCCGAGCCCCGGGGCCGCCGCGCCGACCGCCGCCGCCAUGAACAUCUUCCGGCUGACCGGGGACCUGUCCCACCUGGCGGCUAUUGUCAUCCUGCUGCUGAAGAUCUGGAAGACGCGCUCCUGCGCCGGUAUUUCUGGAAAAAGCCAGCUUCUCUUUGCACUGGUCUUCACAACUCGUUACCUGGAUCUUUUUACUUCGUUUAUUUCAUUAUAUAAUACAUCUAUGAAGCUCAUCUACAUUGCCUGUUCCUAUGCCACGGUGUACCUGAUCUACAUGAAAUUUAAGGCGACCUACGAUGGGAACCAUGAUACCUUCCGAGUGGAGUUUCUGGUGGUCCCUGUGGGAGGUCUCUCCUUUCUAGUCAAUCACGAUUUCUCCCCUCUUGAGAUUUUGUGGACCUUCUCCAUCUACCUGGAAUCCGUGGCUAUCCUUCCCCAGCUCUUCAUGAUCAGCAAGACGGGGGAGGCGGAGACCAUCACCACCCACUACCUGUUCUUCCUGGGCCUCUACCGUGCUCUGUAUCUCGUCAACUGGAUCUGGCGCUUCUACUUUGAGGGCUUCUUUGACCUCAUUGCUGUGGUGGCCGGCGUUGUCCAGACCAUUCUGUACUGUGACUUCUUCUACUUGUACAUCACAAAAGUACUCAAGGGAAAGAAGCUCAGUCUGCCAGCAUAAGUGCCAAAGACCGUCACCAGCAUCUGUCCUUCAGGGUGCUCGGACAGAGUUCUUACCACAGCAAAGGCACAAGAUGCUUGAUAACGGAAAAUCAGAAACUUAACUCUUUUGUUCAGAUAGUCAUCAGUGGCUCUGUAGGAACCCAGAGGAAAAGAACCAGAGGUUUCUGUUUAAUGCAUCUUGCCUUAUCUUUUUUUAUUACUAUGUACAAAGAUUUUUUUACACAAAGAAACUUAAUGCUGUAUUAAUAAAUUCAGUGUGUAGCUUCAAUUGGGGUAGUUCCAAAAGUGAAGAUUUUGUGAGGAAUAAGUGCAACUUUUUUUUUUAAUUCUUUGAAAUUGUUGAUUCUUUGUGUCUGCAAUGAAAUUGUACUCCUUGACAGUUGGUAGAUUAUAUAUUCUUCCAUCUAUCAAACUUGCAUUCCACUAUAUUUAUUUUUUGCCAAAAGAUGAGUUAUAUUUGUUUGAAAUCUGAGACACUAUGUUCCAUUUGAUAUAUCUAUUCAAAUUUCUUCGCACCGAAAGUGGAAAUCCUUCCUCAGAUAUCAACACUACAUGUAAGGCCGGUAAGGAUGGCUUGCAAGUUUUCUGGUUUUCAUUACCAAAAUUGUACGAUUCUGAAUGUAGGAGUCAGAUUUAAGAGUCCCCAGUGGUGCCUGCCCUCCUCUUCUGCUGAGAAGAGUCAGUGUGAGACUGUCCCAAGGAUGUCGAAGAACUCGGUGGACGGGGGUCUGGGCCGCUUGCCAUCUAGGUGUGGGACGUGAGGGCCGUUAUGUCCUCUGAGGAACGGAACACAAGCACUCACGUAUCACCUUUAUUUUCACUUGAAAAAGAUGAGUACAACCAUGUCCAUGCUCAGAUUCACACGGUUUCUCGUAUCACUUUUGGGUAGUAAAUUGAUUUACGUUUUUUUUUUUCUUAAUUGGCAGCACCAAUUGCCGUUCCUUAUACUCAUAGAUUUUUUUUUGUUUUUGUUUUUACUGAGCUCUUGCAUGAUUUCUCUUGUUACCAUCCUAAAUAAACAUUUUAUUAAACAUA